CGGAAGUCCCUUGGAAAGCUGCGGCUCUGCGUCAGCUGACCAGAGUCCGCGUAGGAGGGACCCGAGGUCCGGCGGGACGGACUAUCCCAGCGGAGAGACUGGCUGGGCGGCCGACGGAAGGACAAACUGGAGUGGCCUCGGCGGUGUUAGCUGAGCAGAGGCAGUAUUCAAAGAGUUUGCAGAUCCCCUGAAGCCCCUUGAAGUAAUUCAGAAUGAGCUGAACUGCAAAAUCUGAGGCAAUUCCCUGGUCUGAAUGGAGUUGGAUUUGGACAAGUGCAGAGAUUUCCCUGGGGAGAAUCAGUCUUCACUCAGAGUUUGCCGACAGUCAAGGAUGGCGAGCAAGGGGCCCUCAGCCUCUGCGUCUCCCGAGAACUCCAGUGCAGGGGGUCCCAGUGGCAGCAGCAAUGGCGCUGGCGAGAGUGGAGGGCAGGACAGUACCUUUGAGUGCAACAUCUGCCUGGACACAGCCAAGGAUGCCGUCAUCAGCCUUUGCGGCCACCUCUUCUGUUGGCCGUGUUUACAUCAGUGGUUGGAGACCAGACCUAACAGACAGGUGUGUCCAGUUUGCAAAGCUGGCAUCAGCCGCGACAAGGUCAUCCCGCUGUACGGCAGGGGCAGCACUGGGCAACAGGACCCCAGGGAGAAGACUCCUCCCCGUCCUCAAGGACAGAGGCCAGAGCCGGAGAACAGAGGGGGAUUUCAAGGGUUUGGAUUUGGAGAUGGUGGCUUCCAGAUGUCUUUUGGAAUUGGGGCAUUUCCCUUUGGGAUAUUUGCCACAGCAUUUAACAUAAACGAUGGGCGACCUCCUCCAGCUGUCCCUGGAACGCCCCAGUAUGUGGACGAGCAGUUCCUGUCACGCCUCUUCCUGUUUGUGGCCCUGGUGAUCAUGUUCUGGCUAUUGAUUGCCUAAUGGUGAACUCCCAGCCUACAUCCAUGGCAGGGCCUCCGGAUUGGUGACACGCCACCCUCACUCUUGAUGUUUGACUUCCUGGCUGAUCCUGACCCCUGGAAUAGGGGUUAGUAACAUGUUAAGGAGUCUUCUCCAUCAGAGCUUUGAGACUGAAGAUCAGUUGUUGAGGACCCUGGAGUAUUGCCACUGCUGUAAACACCCUGCUGUAACCUCAGGCCUUGGCACUGAGUUGUGUCUCAUGGGUUACACCGUGGAAUCCUGUUCCAGCCAGCUCAGUAGGUCCUGACUCUGCACAGGGGAGAGGCAGGAGAGAAACUGUCAGUACAAUUUCACCUGAGUUUAAUAAUGCAACAACAAAUGGAUGAACCAAAUAGUACUUGCAGAAACUCUUUUUUCAUCUCUUUAAAUACCCCUUGGUAAGUGGCCUCUGAAGUCAUCUAGAAAGGUUCCCCUUCCAGAUCCCAGUGCUCUUCUGUCCUCUUUCUUCCUCCUCUUCCUCAGCAGAGAUAUGAGAAAGUGCUGGCCUAUGAAGAUCAUAGUUGAAGCAGCUGGCGCUGGAGUUGCUUUGUGAAUUCACCAGAGACCCUAAGAUCUUUUGUUGCAUCUGGGCCAUGCUCAGUGUCUCUGGCUCCAGAGUGGUUUGAAUGACCCCAGGUUUCCUGGCGUAGGUUAUCCCCAGAGACAUGUGGCUUCACUCACGGGUUUCCCAUCAACUUUCCCUCCAAAGCUGUGCACAUCUGCCAGGGGGCACCCAGCCUGGACAACUGCCGAAGCAGGGACGACUGCGCAUUAUCAAAGACCUGCCAUUGGGACCCAGGUGGGAUUCAGGGCCCAGAUGCAGGAACAACUGAAGCAGCAGCCCUGUCCCCUAGGCCACAGAAGCUCCAGGUGCAUCCUCUCUGGACCCCUCAAAGAUACUGGGGGCCUUGUUGAGUCACCCCAACUGCAUGUUGAAGACCACCCUCCUCAGAAACCUAGUUGUCCUUAAUGAAGAGGCAGAGAAGGGGGAGACCAGUGUGUGACCCUGAUUUGGGUACAGCGUGGAGACCCCUUGUGUGCUAAAACUAGGGAGCGUGUGACUCAGAGCAGGCAGCCUCAGCGUGAUGAUAGGAUGCAGUCUUCCUGUGGAUGUCCUCCCUUGGAAACUUCAGGGAAAUCAUUCUUCCCAAGCUCUUGAUUUGUUUUUCAACAUCUCAUGUGUUUUCCUCCAAAUCUGAUCAAGGGAGUGUGGUGCCGGCAGAAGGACAGUUUACUUGGUAGAAUGGUUCUUGCUCUGCUGGUCUGGCCUCUUCCUAGAAAUCUAGCCUCCUCCAGGAGACCCUGAGGUUGAGAGGAGAUGGGAUUACUCUGGGGGCCACCUGACACAUCACCAGUCCACACUGCUCCUGGUUUACCCCUAGCAAUAGCCAGCAAGUGUUCAAAAGUGCCCCCUAUCUGUUUUUUCCAGAUAUGGCUUGCACAGUGUGUAGAAACCAAAACUUUUGAGAAAGAUGAGGGAAGCCUUUCUCCCUUCUCCACAGCCCCCGCCCCUUUUCUCUUAUACCUUUCAAUGCCAGAGUUCAGUGUUUAAACAGACAAAAUAUAAGUAUUGAAUAGGUGGCUCAUUUACCAAAUCCAUUUGGUAGGAAUAAGCCACCAGCUUUACGAUGUGCCUGAUGGAUUUUAAACAUUCUCCAGGCACCUACUCAAGAGUGCUUUUUUAUCACCUUCUAGAAAUACCCAAAGUCUGAGGGGCCCUGGAGUAUCUCAGUGCAGGGAGAGAGGACUUCAGUGAGAUGAGUAGUAGGUAGGAAGACGAAUAACUUGGACCCUUUAACCGAGUAGAGUGAGCCCAAGAGAGCUCCACCAGCAAAGGCACCAUAGGAACCUGCCAGCAAAGCCAGUUUGGCCUUGUGCCCUUUAAUUUUGAAACUUGCAGGCCCCCACUCACCUCCUGCCAGGAGCUGGGGCAGAAGAGCCAAUUUGGGACUGCUGGCCCAGCCCCGACAGAGAGCUCCCUUCCCACCACCCUCUGCAGGCUCACCACCUCACCCCUCUGCUGAGGCAGUUUUCCUUUCUUUUGUGUGUACUAUGUUCUUGGCUCCCACACCCCUCCUGCCACCUUUGUGGAUUAGGACCGGGUCCCAACCACAGUCAGAAAAUGACACCAUGUACAGUGGCACAUCUUGACCAGUCACUAAUUUUCACUGUUGUGAAAGUGAUUUGAGUAGAAUUAAACAAGUGGUUUUACAUAA